AUGAAGUUUGGUGCACAAUUACAAGAAGCUAUUUAUCCAGAAUGGGAGAGCUAUUAUAUUGAUUAUAAUAUAUUAAAAUUAAAACUUAGAAAAGUUCAACAAGAUGAAUUGUUUACAGAAAAAGAUGAAACAGAAUUUGUUGAAUUACUAGAUAAUAAUCUCGAAAAAGUAAAUGACUUUCAUAAUGAACAGUUAAAGAGAAUUAAAAAAGAAAUUGAUAAAUGUACAUCGCUUAUUUCAAGUCAAAAUAAUACAAACGAAGAUGAUACGGAUGAAUUAGCGAAUAUUCAAGAAAAGAUAAAUAAUAUAGCUGAUGAUAUUAAUCGACUUGAAAAAUUUACACGACUUAAUUACACUGGAUUUUUGAAGAUAGUGAAAAAACAUGAUCGCUAUACGAAUUAUGUACUUCGACCGAUGUUCAUGGUUCGAUUAAAUCAAUGUCCCUUUUGGAAGGAGAAAGAAAGUGAUGUAUUUUUAAUUCAAUUAUCAUCACUGUUUAGUCAAGUGAGAGGUGGUGGUAAAGCAAUGUCCUUUCAACCCUCUACGAGUUUUCUUGUAAAGGAAAAUACAGGCUUACAGAUAGGUUUAGAUACGCGACGUACAGUGAUUAAACGUUUCUUUGUUCAUACAGAUAAUAUACUCGAAUUAAAGACCUCUGUCCUUCGUCAUUUACCUGUCUUAGUUUACCGAAAUAAAGAUAAUCAUCAUGAUCGACAACAACAACAACAGGAACAACAGAAUAUUGAUCCUCCUAUUUCAACUUUAUAUCUUGAUAAUGCAGAUAUGGAGAGUUAUUGUUCACGUGUAGAGUCUGCUCCAGGCUCAGACAUCAUUCGUUUACGUUGGUAUGGAUCUGCUCAAGGAAAUCGAUCUAUCUCUGUCGAGAGGCGAACACUUGAAGAUGAAAAUCGUGGAGAGAUCAAGGAUAAAUUUACGAUUAAAGAUAAAUAUGUAGAUGGAUUUUUGAAGGGAGAACAAAGAUUUUUAGAAAAGAUGAUAAAGAAGAUGAAGGAGAAUGGUAAAGGAGAAAGAGAGAUCGAGUCAUUUUGUCAGUUAGUAAAGGAUAUACAACAACAGAUUAUAGAACAUAAGAUGCAACCUAUUCUUAGAACUUAUUAUAAACGCACAGCAUUUCAAAUUCCAGGAGAUACAAGUGUAAGAAUGGCGUUAGAUACUGACCUUUGUUUUAUCCGUGAAGAUUCAGGUUUAUUUUCAAAUGAUGAUUCAAUCGUACGUCGACCUGAACAUCACUGGAGACGACCCGAUGUCGAUAUUGAUUAUCCAUUUAGACAACUUAAGGAGCCUACAGAAGUAAAUCGAUUUCCAUAUGCUACAUUUGAAAUUAAGUUAGAUUUAGGACAAGAUGAAGAUGAGCCUGAAUGGGUUAAAAACUUGGAAGAGGGUGGAUUAUUAGAAGAGGCCUAUCAAUUUUCUAAAUUUGUUCAUGGUAUAGCUCGCCUAUUUGACACACGUGUACCUUUAUUACCUUACUGGCUUGCACGAUUAGAUGAUGAUGAUGAUGAAUAUAAAUUAUUACCUAUUUUACCAUCUAGAACACCCUCCAUUCUAUCUAAAGGGUCGACUAGUAUUCGACAACAACAGACUCUCUCUAGAACCUCAUCUGCUACGCAACAGAUGAUACCCACUAUAAAACCAGAUGAACGUACAUGUCUCUUACAAGGGAAUCGAGAUAGACAUCAUUAUAUGAGUUUAAAUCAAGAAGAGACGAAUAGAGAUGAAGAAGAAGAAGAAAGAAACCGAGAUGAGACACUAUGGCAAAGAUGGAUAUCUUACUUGAAUUCACAUCAAGAAGAACAAACAUCUUCUGUUGUGAGAUUACCACCUGGAGUCAAGGUGCCUAAAAAAGUAGUUACACCUAUCCGAGUUGAGCCUAAAGUAUUUUUUGCUAAUGAACGUACCUACUUUUCUUGGAUGGGAUUUGGUACGAUGCUAUCCACUUUCUCAUUGGCACUAUUUAAUACAGGAGAUGCAGUUGGUAAAAUAAGUGGUAUACUGUAUACCUUAAUUGCCAUUACUACUUUGAUCUAUGGCUCUGGACUUUAUUAUAGACGAAGAGAAUUAAUUAGAGCUAGACUACCAGGACCUUAUGAUGAAAUGAUUGGACCUACUGUUAUUUGUAUAGCGCUUUUAUUUGCAGUUGGAAUGAAUACUUAUCUUAAAUUUACUAUUCCAGAAUCUAGUCCAUUUUAUUUGUUUUAUUAA